ACAAAACUGUGUGUCUUGAUGAGAUUUUUUAUUUUAGGUAUUGGGAUUCAUAAGAUUUUGUUAAAUUGUAAAAUUGUGGAAAACCGUCACUGCGAACACUUUUUGCAACUCGGUGAGGAAGAAAAUCUUCUCAUUGGAUCUACAUCUACCUAGGAACUCGAAAAGCGAAUUUUUUAUAAGUACUAUUUACCAGUUUACGAUAAAAGCAGAUACAGGUUCACAUUGGUUAUCACCAUAGUUAUCACCACUGUGGUUAUCACUGACAAAGCUGACCAUCGAACUUCAUGUAAUAUCAUAUAUUGUGGUAAAAUGUUUGACAUUGGUUUGUGGUUGUAAAUACGCAACCUUAGCAAUUCAAGUCAUUGGGAUUUUGGAAACUAAUGCACAUGCUUCCAGAAUGUUAUAAAUAAGCGUCUUUGUAAGUCGUUUACGAAGCAUAAAUCCCCAUGUGUUCUUCGAUCAUUGGUACAUGGUCAUUCAGCCGAAUGGCCGUCGAAGAAGCAUUGUCAUCUUUGGAGAGAAACGAUGACAUCAUACGUGCUUUAGAGAAAGGGAUCAAUGUUGUGGAAGAUGAUCCCAAAACUGGGAAAUACGUUGUUGGGCGUGGAGGAUUUCCAAAUGAAAAUGGAAUUUUAGAAUGUGAUGCAGCCAUAAUGGAUGGCAGAAAAUGCAGAUUUGGUGCAGUUGCUGCUCUUCAAGGGGUUGCUAAACCUUUCUCAGUUGCAAGACUUGUGAUGGAGCAUUCACCACACAGCAUUUUAGUUGGUGAAGGUGCAAAAUUGUUUGCAACACAGCAGGGGAUACCAAUAUUGAGCAACAUGUCAUUGCAGACAGAGAACAGUCUAAAAGCAUACCAGGAAUACAAGCAUGAAAAUAUGAAAUCCAGGCAGACAGCAUCAUCUCAUGAUACAAUUGGUUUGCUGCUAAGAGAUUUUGAUGGUAAUAUUGCAGCAGGAACUUCAACAAGUGGCAAGCCAUUUAAAUCCUGCGGUCGCGUGGGGGAUUCUCCGCUUCCCGGCGCUGGACUUUACGCUGACAACGAGGGUGGAGCUGCUGCAGCAACUGGUGAUGGCGAUAAUAUUUUACGUUUUUGUCCAUGUUUUCACGUUGUUCAGCUUAUGAAAAAGCACAAUAUGAGCCCGAAGAAUGCCUGCCGAACUGUGAUCGCUGAUAUCUGGAAGCGUGUCGGACAAAAUGAAAUGUUUAAAAUGGCACUUAUCUCCAUGAAUGUCAACGGUGAUAUUGGCGUGGCCAGUACUGUUGAAGAAUCGUCAAACCAUUACGGAAAAGACGCUUUGCCUGGAUUUGCGUACAGCAUUUGGAACAGUAAGCAGCAAGGACCGCCUAAAGUUGUUUGUGAACCACCUAUUGUCUUUGAUGAUGUCUACUAAUGAAUUUUUGUUUGUAAUUCGUACAAACGCCAGAUUUUUGGUUGUUUGGUAGUCAAAUCGGUUUUUGUGAGUACAGGGUCUUUUUUGUUGGGUUGCGUCACCCGUUCAUUUUUUACAAAUGAAGAAUUAGACUCUGAGAAAAAAGACAAUGGACUAAAUAAACAAAAACUGGAAACGAGGUGCACAGACCAUUAUUAAGACUGACAAAAGAGCAAAAAAUAAAAAGGAAAAGCAAAAUACCGUAAGCCGUAAGCGCUCGCGGUCCAUAUAUUCUUCCAUUUGUUUCAUUAUUUACCUGGUCUUGCAAAAUAAGAAGUUAGGAGCUGAUAAAAGAAGGUAUUAAUGAACAAAUAAACACUUUCAAAAAUGGUGUUAAAGGGAAUUAGCUACCCUUUUUUAAUGUGCAAUUACAGCUUUCCAACAGUACAGUUAUUGCAUUCUCAAAAAGCUGUAAAUUGCUAUUACCAAAUUUAUCAGUGCAAUGACAGAUAAACUGUACUGCAAUCAACCAAUCACAGCCGAGAAAUAUCCAAAGUAUAUUAUUAUAUUCAUUAAAAAUUAAAGUUUGUAUUUUGAAAAGAGUUAUGUAAGACAUUUAUGACGUACAAAUGUUUAUAAAAUUCAUAUUUCAUGUAUUUAAAAGAGCAAACUAUCCCACAGAGCAUAAUAAUGUUCUUUUGUAAAAGUGCAAACUAGAUUAUACGUGCUUUUAGGUGCUUGCUUAUGUUGGUAAACCGCAGUUCAAUUUUAAAUUAAAAAAAAUACUACUGAA